UGGCCGAGACUCGGAACUGCAUCUCUGCAAUCCCAGUGAAGGGACACGGGGAAAAGGCGCUCUGUAAUCGGAGCAAAACACACACGAGAUCCGCGUCCUUUUCUUUUCACAGGAUGUCUUUUUAUUAAAUGGAGCCAAAUAUCAGCCAUUUUGUUGCUAUUGUUUCUUUUUUAUUGUACAGUCGCAGCAACAUGAGCCACAUGCCUAUGUGACGUCACAAAGGGGCGGUGCGCUGCCUAUAUAUAGGAUGGGCACAACAGAGAACUGGCACUUGAAGUUGAGGAGUGAUGAAAAGUAGAGCGAUGAUGGAAUUAUGUACGGAUGAACUCUCCAGUGAGCUGAUAGAACCGUCAGGGCAGCAAGACGAGUUGGAGCUGAGCGAACUGAGAGAAGAAUUGCUGAAAGAUGCGAACGAGUUUAAGAAGGACAUAGAAGAGAAGAAAAGCACUUACUUAGCACUCACAGAAGACCUAAGGGCAAAGAAUAAGAAACUGGAUGAAGACCAGGAGCAGAUGAACCAGAUGAAGGACCUCAACAAGCUGUUGAUGGACAAGUUAGAAAAUAGGAACACUGCCCUUCAGAAUUCCAUCAGAAACUUUGAAGACCAAACAGAGCUAGCGAAGACGGCCAGACAAAUCUGGACGAAUGAGAUCAAGAACCUGCAGAAGGAGAGAGAUGACUUAAAGAGAGAGAAAAAGAGCUUCGAGAGAGAGAAGGAGAGCUUAGAGAGCGAAAAGGAGAGCUUUGAGAGAGAGAAGGAGAGCUUCGAGAGAGAAAGGGAGAGCUUGGAGAAGGCGAAGGAGAACUUGGAGAAGGCGAAGGAGGACUUGGAGAAUGAGAGGAAGGACUUGAAGAGAGAAAUGGAAAGCUUGGAGAAUGAGAAAGAGAGCUUGGGGAAAGAGCAGGAGAAAGAGAAGGAGAAGAUGGAGAAACAGUGGAAGGACUUGGAUGAACAGUGGGAGAAAGCAACAGAAGAAAUGGUCCGAUUACAAAACGAGUUCAGGAGCUCAAAGAAAGAUAAAGCAGCACUGAAGGAAGAAUGGGACAGUUUAAGGGCAGAGAAGGAGAGUGUGAUGAACGAGAGAUCGAAACUGGAGCAAGAAUGCAACAGCAUCACGAUGAAGCAAACGAGCAUGAAGAACGAAAGAUCAUCCUUGGAGAAAGAGAAGGACAACUUGGCAGAAGACAGAAAAUGCCUGGGGAAAGCCAGUUUGAACCUGAAGAAACAAAGUGCAAUCUUGGAGAGAGAGAGAAUGAGUUUGAAGGAAGAGAAGAAGAACCUAGAGAAAGCUAGAGUGGACCUGGAGGAACAGAAAGAAGGCCUGAAGAAAUGGAAUGAAAGCUUGGCGAAAGAGCACCAGCGCUUACAGGAAUGGAGGGAGAACUUGGAAAGAGAGCAAGAGAGUUUGGAGAAAGAGAAAAUAAGCUUGAAAGAAGGAAAAACGCGAUUAGAGAAUCAGUGGCAGAGCUCGGAGAAAGAGUGUAAGAGGUUGGAUGGCGUGAUCACGGACGAUAGUCUGUCAGACGUGAGUUUGGAGGAAGUAAGCUUGGAGGAAGAGUGCUGGGAGCAAGAAUGGAUGAAUUUGCAGAAUGAAUUUGCAAGCGUGAGAAAAGAGCAUGAGAAAUGUGAGAACGUUGCUGAAAUGGAGACGGAAAGUCUUUCUAAGACCAUCAAGGACCCACUGGUGCUGCAGGAGGUGCAGAAGAAACACAAGGACGAACUCCAGGCUACAGUCGAACAGUUUGAACAAAUGGUAGAGGCAACAGAGGAAGAGAGAAACCUCCAGGAGGAAGAAAGCUCUGAGCAGGAGGAAGAGGACAUGGAGAAUAAUGGAGAGGAUAUAGAGAAGGAUGGAGAGGACAUGGAGAAGGAGGACGCGGAGCUGAUGAAGGAGCUAGAGGACAUGGAGAGGGAGGAAGCGGAGAUGAUGAAGGAGCUAGAGGACAUGGAGAGGGAGGAAGCGGAGAUGAUGAAGGAGCUAGAGAACAUAGAGAAGAACGGAAAGAACAUGAAGAAGAACGGAAAGAACAUGAAGAAGAACGGAAAGAACAUGAAGAAGGAUAAGGAGGUCAUGCAGAAGAAGGGACGGAACAAGGAGAAGGAGCUGGAAAACAGCAAAAGCCUGAAAAAAGACAAAAAGUUAAAAAAGUUCACAAUAAUAUUCAGAUGGUUUAGAUCUAAGAAAUAACAGAUCUGCAGAUACAAACAGAAACUUUCAUCCUAUUUAUUUCAUGUAAAAAAUAAAAAAAUAAACAAAAUAAUGUUU